AUGGCUUCUACGAAACAAGGGGGAGAUGAGGAAGAAAAGUUAAAGAAUAAGAUUGAUCAGAAGGAUAAUGAAGCUUCUAGUUCAAGAAAAGAUAAAGGCAAAUGUAUUUUUGAAGAAGACAACAAUGAUAAUCCGAUGAUGUCUGAAUCGGAAAGGAUUGCUAUGGAGAAAAAAGGCAAAGAGCUUGACGAACUCAAUGCUCUUCGGAAGAAAUUCGAGGCAGAGGAAGCUGAAGCCAAGAAUGCAAAUCUAAUGGCUAAUUCUAUACAUUCGCAGAUGGUUGGGGGAAAAUCACAAAUAAGCUUAAUCCAUCUACGAUUUUGA